UUAAUCACGAACUUAAAGCGGAUUGCAAAUUGCAACCUUUGGCACCGUCUGCAAAUUGUGGGGGAGGGGUCUCUUGGUCUCCUUGCUUCCUUAAAUGAAUGUGCAGUUGCAGUGUGUACCCCGGGACUGCAAGUUGCAGAGCCCUUCAGUGCACGUGUCUUGUGCCUGUGAGUGUGUGUUUGCGAGUUGGGGGCUGUUGUUCGGUAGCCAGCAGGCUUUCCGGGUUGCUCGGCAUUGGUUUGCAAAUGCGGGAGAGGGAUGGAAUGUGGAAUGUUGACCGGGGAACCGAAUCCUGUCGGAACGGUCCCAUUUGCUGGAGAAAUUCGAUCCCUUCCACCUCCUUCCCGCUCCCCCCCGCCCGCCUUCGGGCUGGAGGCGGGGCUGAGGACGCGGCUGCUGCUCAAAGUGGCGGAGCGCGGCGGCGGGAGGCAGGUGCACGGCACCCGCCAGUGGGGGUGCCUCAACUUCCGCGGGCGUUUAAAUAGCAGCCUCUCUCCCCUCCCACCGGUAAUAGGCUGCCUGCUGUUUCCCGGGGAGAUCAUGAAACGAGGUCGCCUUCCCAGCAGCAGUGAGGAUUCUGACGACAAUGGCAGCCUGUCAACUACUUGGUCCCAGAAUUCCCGAUCCCAGCACAGGAGAAGUUCCUGCUCCAGACAUGAAGAUCGAAAGCCUUCGGAGGUGUUUAGGACAGACCUGAUCACUGCCAUGAAGUUGCAUGACUCCUACCAGCUGAACCCAGAUGAGUACUAUGUGUUGGCAGAUCCUUGGAGACAGGAAUGGGAGAAAGGGGUCCAGGUGCCUGUGAGCCCAGGGACCAUCCCUCAGCCUGUGGCCAGGGUUGUGUCUGAAGAGAAAUCCCUCAUGUUCAUCAGGCCCAAGAAGUACAUCGUAUCAUCAGGCUCUGAGCCUCCUGAGUUGGGCUAUGUGGACAUCCGGACGCUGGCUGACAGCGUGUGUCGCUAUGACCUCAAUGACAUGGAUGCCGCAUGGCUGGAACUGACCAAUGAAGAAUUUAAGGAGAUGGGAAUGCCUGAACUAGAUGAAUACACUAUGGAAAGGGUCCUAGAGGAGUUUGAGCAGCGAUGUUAUGACAAUAUGAAUCACGCCAUAGAGACCGAGGAAGGCCUGGGGAUCGAAUAUGAUGAAGAUGUUGUCUGUGAUGUCUGCCAGUCUCCUGAUGGUGAGGACGGCAAUGAGAUGGUGUUCUGUGAUAAAUGCAACAUCUGUGUGCACCAGGCCUGUUACGGAAUCCUCAAGGUACCAGAGGGCAGCUGGCUGUGCCGGACAUGUGCCCUGGGGGUUCGGCCAAGAUGUCUGCUGUGUCCCAAGAAGGGUGGAGCUAUGAAGCCCACUCGUAGUGGAACCAAGUGGGUCCAUGUCAGCUGUGCCCUGUGGAUCCCUGAGGUGAGCAUUGGUAGCCCAGAGAAGAUGGAGCCCAUCACCAAAGUGUCGCACAUUCCCAGCAGUCGGUGGGCGCUAGUGUGCAGCCUCUGCAAUGAGAAGUUUGGGGCCUCUAUUCAGUGCUCUGUGAAGAACUGCCGCACGGCCUUCCAUGUGACCUGUGCUUUUGAACGAGGCCUGGAGAUGAAGACCAUCUUAGCAGAGAAUGAUGAAGUCAAGUUCAAGUCCUAUUGCCCAAAGCACAGCUCACACAGGAAACCCGAGGAGAGUCUUGGCAAGGGGGCUGCACAGGAGAAUGGGGCCCCUGAGUGUUCCCCCCGUAAUCCCCUGGAGCCCUUUGCCAGCCUUGAGCAAAACCGGGAAGAGGCUCACCGGGUGAGUGUCCGUAAGCAGAAGCUGCAGCAGUUGGAGGAUGAGUUCUACACCUUUGUCAACUUGCUGGAUGUUGCCAGGGCUCUGCGGCUGCCGGAGGAAGUAGUGGAUUUCCUAUACCAGUACUGGAAGUUGAAGAGGAAGGUCAACUUCAACAAGCCCCUGAUCACCCCAAAGAAAGACGAAGAGGACAAUCUAGCCAAGCGGGAGCAGGAUGUCUUGUUUAGGAGGCUGCAGCUGUUCACGCAUCUGCGGCAGGACCUGGAGAGGGUUCGGAACCUCACUUACAUGGUGACCCGCAGGGAAAAGAUUAAACGGUCCGUGUGCAAAGUCCAGGAACAGAUAUUCAAUCUUUACACUAAGCUCUUGGAGCAAGAAAGAGUUUCAGGUGUGCCUUCUUCUUCCUGCUCCUCCUCCUCACUGGAAAACAUGCUUUUGUUUAACAGUCCUUCUGUGGGCCCUGAUGCUCCCAAGAUAGAGGACCUGAAGUGGCAUUCUGCAUUCUUCAGAAAACAAAUGGGUACUUCCUUGGUUCAUUCACUGAAAAAGCCCCAUAAGCGAGAUCCUUUGCAGAAUAGCACUGGAAGUGAAGGCAAAACCCUGCUGAAGCAGCCAGACCUGUGUGGUAGAAGGGAGGGGAUGGUGGUCCCAGAAAACUUUCUGGGUAUUGAAAAGACCUUUGCAGAAGCACGUCUCAUAUCAGCACAACAGAAAAAUGGUGUGGUGAUGCCAGACCACGGGAAAAGAAGAGACAAUCGUUUUCAUUGUGAUCUCAUUAAAGGAGACUUAAAGGACAAAUCUUUUAAACAGAGUCACAAGCCUCUCAGGUCCACAGAUGUGUCCCAGAGGCACCUGGACAACACAAGAGCUGCCACCUCCCCUGGAGUGGGGCAGUCAGCACCUGGCACAAGGAAGGAGAUCGUGCCCAAGUGCAAUGGCUCCCUAAUCAAAGUAAACUAUAAUCAGACCACAGUCAAAGUGCCUACAACACCUGCCAGCCCAGUGAAAAACUGGGGAGGAUUCCGGAUUCCAAAGAAGGGGGAACGGCAGCAGCAGGGAGAGGCCCAUGAGGGGGCCUGCCACCAGCACUCAGACUACCCAUAUUUGGGCUUAGGCCGAGUUCCAGCCAAGGAAAGGGCAAAAAGCAAAUUAAAAUCUGACAAUGAGAAUGACGGGUAUGUCCCCGAUGUGGAAAUGAGUGACUCAGAGAGUGAGGCAUCAGAAAAGAAAUGUAUACACACCAGCAGCACUAUCAGCAGGAGGACAGACAUUAUCAGGAGAAGCAUCUUGGCUUCUUGAUGCAACAGAGAUGAUGUGGAAGCCCUUUGGGCUUGUCAUUGGGUGUGCUAGAGGAGAGCUCUGAUGGGGGGAGAAGCAGAAACCCAUUAAUCCUGAUCUACACAAACACAUUUACUUGCAAUUCAGAUUAAAUUUUUUUUCCAGAGUCAUUUUAAAAUCAUUUUUGUGAGAAGUUUGUGUUAUUUGCAACUUGUUGAGGAAACAGAAGAGUAGAUUGUAACCAUACAACACUGCUAAGACUAGAACCCGAACUAAACACUAAAAUAAGAAUGAAAUAAAUUUUAAAGAGGGCAAGGCUUAAAUAAGCCUCCUGAAUUUUUACAGCCCUCUGCAUUCUUCCCAAAGCACAAACUCGUGGUUACCUGAAUACAGGGAACCAGAUACGGUUCUUGAGAAACCUUCAUGGUACCAUUCACAGCCCAUAAAGCUUAUUUUCUAGGACUGUGGUAGAUCUUGAAAUCAUAUUUAUAUUUGGCCAUCAAGGCUAUUUUUGUUACAUUAUAGUAUACAGGCAGCAGCUCUGAAGCUUCAGUAACACUAGGGAAUUUAUGUGUAAAUAUAGCAGUCAGGGAAGAGAGUUUUAAAAAAGGUCAUUAUUGGCCGGGCGCGGUGGCUCAAGCCUGUAAUCCCAGCACUUUGGGAGGCCGAGGCGGGUGGAUCACGAGGUCAAGACCGUCCUGGUCAACAUGGUGAAACCCCGUCUCUACCAAAAAUACAAAAACUUAGCUGGGCAUGGUGGUGCGUGCCUGUAAUCCCAGCUACUCGGGAGGCUGAGGCAGGAGAAUUGCCUGAACCCAGGAGGCGGAGGUUGCGGUGAGCCGAGAUCGCGCCAUUGCACUCCAGCCUGGGUAACAAGAGGGAAACUCCGUCUCAAAAAAAAAAAAAAAAAAAGGUCAUUAUUGGAGGAGCUGAGGGGACAGGGUGGAGCUGCUGCAAUGUGGAGAUUUAGGGCAAAUGUAGCAAGGUCCUGCUGCUUGAAGCCUGUGAGUAGGUUGUGGAUAUGGGACUGGUAGAGAGUGAGACUGUUAGGAAAGUUGUAUCUAUGAAUAAGGGCAGUUGAAGUACAAUUUUUAUCAGUCUACUUGACCUUUCUCUUCCCUAGCCACUGGCUAUGGAGCCAGCUUGGGAUUUCCCUGGCCAUUGCCAAUACCUGGCCAUCUGGCUUCCACUAGUAUAACAGCUACUCAAGUUCAAGUGAAGAACUUCCAGACUCUGGUGACUCUUACUUCCCAGAGCCAACCACUAGUGCAUAUACUGGGGAAUCCGGGCUUCCAACAUGAACGGAUUCCUUAAGAAAAAGGAAAAAAAAAAAAAGAAAAAAAAAAAAAAAAAAUAAAAGAGAAAAGCGAAAUAGGUUAUAUUUUAAAAACAAUAGAAAGGCAAUAAGUUGCGAUAAGCUCUUACUAUUGACCAAGGUUAUACAGGAAAGAGAUUGAAGUGUACCCUUGAAUAGGUUUUCUGUAGUCAGAGUUCUAAACUCUAAUUCGUAACUUGGACUUUCUAAUUGCAAAUGGCAAUAACUAGUAAGUUAUCAGCAAUAAUAAAUUUAGCAUUAAAUUUGAGUACAAUGUUUUGUUUUUGCACUCACUGUAGUGCAUAUGUAUUAAGACAGUGGAUAGUGUUUAGGUCCUGUUAAUUUUUUUUGGAAUUCAAUGUGGUUGUGAAUCAAACUUAAGGAAGUAAAGUUUAAAUAGCAAUGAGAUUUAGAAUUAUGGGCAUUCGGAGCAAGCCCGACUUCCCCAAAAUUACUCCUUAGUUUGUUAAUACCAAUAUUCAGAUUCCUGAUUCAUUUAUACAUCUGUUUCCAUAUGGCAGGGACAUUAUGAUACUUAAUGAAUAAUGCUUUGAGUUCUGUAGUUAACUUUCAAGUCUUCCAGAUGAUUGUCAACAACAAAAAAGGCUUAUUGAAAUCCAUCUUGCUAUGCAAGUUUUAUCGGAUGAUCAAAUAGUAGAUCUGAUGCAUCCCCAUUGUAUGUAUAACAUUUUCAAACCAAGUCUUAACUUUUCAAAUACAUUUUAGUAGCUAAUUCAGGGGAGGGGAAAGAAUGAUGCAGGUUUUUAGAUUGACUAUUUUUGAGCUAUGGGGCUCAUUUUGAAAGACUGCUGUCCAGAUCAGCUUGUUGCUACAGAUAAUAGAAGGUUUUAUGAAUCCAAGUUGUAUAUUCACUUGUAGCAUAAUUUAAAAAUUAGAUUUUUUUUUUUUUUUUUUUUUUGCAUAUGAGCAAAAACCUUUUCCUGGAUACAGGAGAAGGUUGGACUUUAUCUACAGUUAUCUUGUGACUACAGCAACAGCUCUGGGUGAGAGUAGAAUUUAUAGAGGGAUAAUUUGUCAAGCCAUAGAAAGAAAAUCUAAAUCUAGUAAGUGUAUAACCUCUCACCAUUUUAAGAGGUAUCAGAUUCAUUUGCACUAUUAGGAAUGCUAGUUUUGUGCAAAAAUAAUGCCUUACCUGUUUUUUCCCCACAUUUAGGUUGAAAAGCUUUCAAAUGUUCCAAGUUAUGCUGAACCAAAAAACAAAAACAAAACAAAACAAAUAUAUAAAAAAAACCCCACACAAAAACAAAACACACAAAAAUAAAAAGCCCACACUUUUUAUUCCUGCUUUGAAAUGCAAAUGGUAUAGAGCACGGUUUCUCUGACAGUAUAAUGAUAGCUUUGUGAGUUAGUUUCAUGUCAUGCUGGGAACUCUGUAUGAGGUGGCCAUAAGCAGCAACCAGCCCAAACACCCACUUGCAUUCUAUUAGUAUGGAACCAUUUGCUUUUUUUUUUUUUUUUUUUUAAGCUUUAUCUUUCCUUGUGCAUCCUGACCAAGAACUAUCUUUAAUCAUGAUUAAUGUAUUAUGUCAAAAUGUAGGCUAGUUAAACUUUUGUAAAGUUGCCUGGAAUGUCAUAUGUUAGGUUAUAAACACAAGAUCUAAAUGAUGGGUUUUAUGUGUUGUGUACAAAUCUUAAUUAUUUUGAAAUGGACAAACUUGUCAUUACAUUUGUAACCUUGUACAGAGGAUUUUUCACUAUGUGCCUAGCUCGGUGUCCAUUCAGCUAAAAUUGAAAAAAAAAAAAAGGUGCAUGAAGAGUUAAAAAUCAAAUAAAGGUAUAUGUAGAGAUGACUAUUUUAUAUUACAUGACCCAAUCCUGUAUUUAUUUCUACCCCCUUUUUGAAAGUAUUUAUAAAACUAGUUGAGGACAGCUGUAUUUUUUUGUUGAACUAUUUAGUAGAAUUGUGCCUUUUUGUCUGUAUGUGAAUAAAUGCUGUACAUUUUGCAAUACA